AUGACAUCCAGUCAGAUGGCGGGCACUUUCUUCAAAUAUGCUGCCAUCGCAGUGGGAGCUGUGGUCGGGCUAUACGCUCUCUUAUUAGGACUGCUCAGCACGUCGACUUUCCAGACCCACGUCGUGUACCUGCAUGCAAUUCAGAUGACAUGGUUUAAGGACCUUAACACUCCCGAGAUAUUUGGCUUUUUAAGAAACCAGGUCACCCCCUUCUCUAUCAAAACUCCAGAUGGGGAACGACUCUACGCUUGGCACGUUCUCCCCAUAGAACUAUACCGUAAACAUGAAAAGGCUCUUCUUGAGGAACCUUCCGGGUUUGCCUCUGAUAUCAAGUCUCGAGUUGGAUUCCAAUUACUGCAGAAUGAUCCCGAGGCGAGGCUGGUCAUCCAUAUGCAUGGUGCUGGUGGAACUGUCGCUUCGGGAUACAGAGUCCCCAACUACCGUGCACUAUCUGCUGGCAGUCCUGGCAAAAUACACGUUUUAACGUUUGACUACCGAGGAUUUGGAAAAAGUACUGGGUCACCAUCUGAGACUGGACUUAUCACUGAUGCCCUCGCUGUGGUCGACUGGGCAAUGCGUGUCGUUGGGAUUCCCCAAUCUCGAAUUCUCAUUUUUGGUCAAUCAAUGGGCACAGCUGUCAGCAUUGCCGUUUGUAAGCAUCUUGCUGUCCAAAGUCCUCCCGUUGUCUUUGCAGGUACCGUGCUCGUUGCGCCAUUUGUUGAUGUUGCAACACUAGUGACCACUUAUCGCUUGGCGGGGACUGUUCCGAUUAUCUCACCACUGAGCAGAUUCCCGUCGAUAUUUAAAUAUCUCCAGAGACUUAUUCGGGAUAAAUGGUCGAGCAAAGACUCAAUUGCUCAGUACGUUCGCGCCAACGAGUUGAAUGACAAGAAAUACCGACUGGCGAUAAUCCAUGCCGAAGAUGACUAUGAUAUUCCAUGGCAUCACUCUCGGCUACUAUUCUGGCAUGCCGUUAGUGCCUCGACGACUGCGGGAAUCAGUUAUGAUGAUUUCGAACUCGAGAGGCUGGAAUCGAUGGCAGACUUUGGGGCUGCGGGUUCCCUGAUGGAAUGGAAAACGAAUAAUGGGGUCCUCCGAGAAGAGAUCUUAAAAACUGGAUUACACGAUGUGGUCAUGGGGUAUCCUGUAAUCACCAUGGCUGUAAUGCGAUUUUUUGAAGCAGCUGAUGCGUCGCUUUUAUAUUCUUGA